CCCACAAGCAGAGGAAACAGAAAGUAUUUCUGUCAGUAACUUGGGAAUCGAAGCAUGUAUUGAAAAAGGUAUACCCGCUGUUUUAUUUCUCUAUUUUCCUCAUAUUCGACUUUUCUGUUGAUAUGUCCGUCGGUCUGUCUCUUUCCGUCUCUUUUCUCUCUGUCCAUUUUUGUGUUUUAAUUGUCUUGGUAAUUGCUUUUUGAGUUGACAUACACCAUAAAUGAAUAAAACCGGAGGAUAUACUUUGACAUUUGAUGCAUGUUUUUGUUUUUCAGAAGCUGUUAGUACACCAACUACUGUGUCCACACCAACGACUACCACACCACCAGGUCCACCCUACUCAACAACAAUCUCACCAUCUGCACCGACUAGCCCGUACGUCUGUCCUGUUCCCAUGUUGGACGAUGCUGGUACAGACGAAUUACCCGAUCUGGUAGAGGUCUUUGUUGACGAACAUAAGUCUCCUACUUCGUCUCCUCUAAAUGGUACCCUGGGAACGGUAACUGGCGAGCCCGGCCAGGAGGUGAAAAUCAGGAUUGUCUUUAAAGACAAGGAUGAUAAAUCUCCCAUAGGAAAGAUCACGGUGACCACCAAAAAUACACAAACCGUUACCUUCAUUGUUACAACUCCAGAGGAUACUGAGUUGAGAAAGGAAGAGGUACGAUGUAGUUCCGAGUGAUUUUGAAUGCAAAUGAUUAUCUUCAUUCAUGUUUGAGACGUUUUAUGUAUGCAUUUUGUAUGACAUUUGCAGAUCGUAACCAAUCCAAGUGAGGAGAGUACUGUUGAGACAGACUUCACAGGCUUGGAAGGCAAAGCAUUAGAGAUUGUCUUCAAACCACAAGCAGAGGAAACAGAAAGCAUUUCUGUCAAUAACUUGGGAAUCGAAGCAUGUAUUGAAAAAGGUAUACCCGCUGUUUUAUUUCUCUAUUUUCCUCAUAUUCGACUUUUCUGUUGAUAUGUCCGUCGGUCUGUCUCUUUCCGUCUCUUUUCUCUCUGUCCAUUUUUGUGUUUUAAUUGUCUUGGUAAUUGCUUUUUGAGUUGACAUACACCAUAAAUGAAUAAAACCGGAGGAUAUACUUUGACAUUUGAUGCAUGUUUUUGUUUUUCAGAAGCUGUUAGUACACCAACUACUGUGUCCACACCAACGACUACCACACCACCAGGUCCACCCUACUCAACAACAAUCUCACCAUCUGCACCGACUAGCCCGUACGGUAUGUGACAUGGAUACUACCUUCUG